AUGGCCGACGUUGCCGCUCCGGCCGGCACCGCGAGUGCCGGCGCUACCGAGCCGUUUGUCUCCAAGUGGACUGACCGCUACCGGGGGGCCACCGUCGAGGACCUCGAGCCGCCGGCCGCCCUCUCCCUCACCCCCUCCGACACGGUCGGCCAGGCCAUCAAUGCCGCCUUCGAGCGCGACUUUACCCACCUCACCGUCGUCGACGGCACCACGCGGGCGCUGCUCGGAUACGUCUCGAUGCCGCAGCUGCAGCGCCUGCUGGCGGCGGGCCAGGUCGCGCCCGACGACAAGCUGGGCAGCAGCGCGGCGAUGACGCGCUUCGGCUUCCGGCGGCAGGGCCGUGCGUACCGGGUGAUUACGAUGCAGACACCGCUCGAGCAGCUAGAGGCCUUCUUUGCCGGCGCCAUGACGCGGGGCGAGGCGCAGCAGUUUGCCGUGAUCACGGACGAGCGGCGGCGAUUUGUGCUGGGCGUGGCGACGGCCGCGGACUUGGAAGAGUUUGUGAAGCGGCGGCCGGCGUAG